UGUCGCUGGUGUGCGCGGCGCUGGGCGCUGUGUUCUACGUCCUGCUGUGCAACCGGCCCCCGGCGCAGUGGGGCAGCCCCACAGCAUCCACUGCCCCCCGCUUCCAGGGGUACAGCCGCGUCCCUGAUGGGAAGCCACUGGAGCGGGCCCCGUGCCGCCGCUGCGCCGUGGUCUCGAGCUCGGGGCAGAUGCUGGGCUCAGGCCUGGGCCAGGCCAUCGAUGGGCAGGAGUGCGUCCUGCGCAUGAACCACGCGCCCACCGCCGGCUACGAGGAGGACGUGGGCAGCCGCAGCACCGUCCGUGUGGUGUCGCACACCAGCGUCCCCCUGCUCCUGAGGAACCAGCGCUACUUCUUCCAGCAGUGCCGGGACACCCUGUACAUCAUCUGGGGCCCGGCGAGGAAGAUGAGCAGGGAGAAAGGGGGUUUGACCUACCAGGCGCUGCUGAAGGUGAUGCAGAUGUACCCGCACCUGCAGAUCUACACCCUGACCAAUGAGAAGAUGGCCUAUUGCGAUGACAUCUUCCAGAAUGAGACGGGCAAGAACAGGAUGAAGUCCGGCUCCUUCCUAAGCACGGGGUGGUUCACCAUGAUCCUGGCCAUGGAGCUCUGCGAGCGCAUCUGUGUCUUCGGCAUGGUCAGCGACAGCUACUGCAGAACCACUCGAGCGUGCCCUACCACUACUUCGAGCAGGGCCAGCUGGAUGAGUGCAGGAUGUACCUGGUGCACGAGCGAGCCCAGCGCGCCGGGCACCGCUUCAUCACCGAGAAAACCAUCUUCUCCCGCUGGGCCAAGAGGAAGAACAUCACCUUCACCCACCCGUCCUGGGCUGGUGGAUAGGGGUGAGCCAUGGGGCGAGGCAGCAUCCUGCAGUGACAUGCCUUGGCUGCACCGGUGCUGCUACAGCAGCAGGGCCGGUUCCUCCAGCUGCUGGGUGGGCUGGGACCCCCCCCAAUGUUGGUGCACAGGGGUAUGAGCUGGACCCGUAGAGCCCCAUUGGCACCAAGCAUCUCUCUGAUGGACCCAGUGUGACCACAAAGGGUUUCCACCUGCUCUGCUGGGUGAAUGCUGGAUGCAGGAUGGAACAUUCACGCUGCUGGGCUGCAGUGUGACAGUGGCAGAGCUCAGGGCCAUGAACCGGUGCCUCUCCCAGGCAUGGAGCUCCUUGCCCCACUGAUGCCCUGAUUCCUGGUGCUUGAUGUGGGGCGCAGGGCUCCCCCAUCCUGCUGCCUUCUGCUGCUCUGCGCCGGGGCAGGUCCCUGUGGUCCCCUGCAUCCCUUUAACAGGGAUGCCCUGGGGUCACACACAGCUCAGGGGGGGCUUCACGUUGCCUCAUCACAAGUGCCCUUGGAUUCAGACCAAAGCAAACGUGACCAUUAAAUGCAGUUUUAACUC